AUGCACGAUGACCUGAGAUCUAAGUUUCUGGAUAUGCACAAUUACCGCAGAGCUCAAUUGGCAAAAGGGAAUAUUGUCAAAAAGAACGGCAACUACUUGCCUCAAUCUUCUGACAUGCAAAAAAUGGAGUAUGAUUGCGUUUUGGAAAGCAACAUUGCCGACUAUUUGAGUAUAUGCCCAUCAUCCAAAUCAACUGAGCCCUCGCGACCAGAUGUUGGAGAAAAUUUUAUCCGUGCAUCUCAGGAGGGCUUGGCGACAUACAUGGCAGCAGCUGAAAAUGCUGUAGGUUCUUGGUGGAAAGUGAUACGAUUUGAGGAAGGUCCUGGUCUACAAGUUUAUUUUAGACAAAAGCACAUCGGUACUGCUAUAGAAUCUUUUACACAGAUGGGAUGGUCUACAUCUCACAAGCUCGGCUGUGCCAUCGCAAAGUGCGGCAACGAUUACAUUGCAGCUUGCCGAUACUCACCUAAAGGUAAUCAUGUGGACCAAGUAAUCUACAGAAAAGGAACUCCUUGCACAGCUUGCCCAGCUGGUUCCUGGUGCACAGAAGAUGCACUCUGCACUUCAUCAUAA